AUGGCCUCCACAUCAGUUCGCGUCGCCUUAAGAGUUCGUCCGAUGAAUAAACAUGAAGUUCAUAUCGAUUCCAAAGAAUGCGUCACUCUAGUACCGGACGCACCACAAAUAAUGAUUGGGUCCGAACGAUCCUUCACAUACGAUUACGUCUACUCGUCCGACACCGCUCAAGAAGAUGUUUUUGGAUCCUCCGCAAAGCCAUUGGUUGACAAAUUAAUAGAAGGAUUCAACACCACAAUAUUAGCAUAUGGACAAACCGGGAGCGGCAAAACUUACAGUAUGGGCACUGCAAUCGACGGUUCAAGUAUCACGCCUGAACAUCAAGGCAUAGUACCACGAGCGAUAACUUACUUGUUCCGAGAAUUGGAAGCUCGACAAGCACUAGACCCAACAUUCAAAUAUGAAGUGGCCGUCUCAUUUCUCGAAUUAUAUAAUGAAGAUUUAAUUGAUUUAUUAAAUCCCGCUAGUCACGAAAAUCAUAAAAAAGGAAAUAAGAGUGACACGAUACAUAUCCGUGAAGAUUCUAAUGGCCGGAUAUAUUGGCUCGGUGUCAAGGAAGUCACUGUCUCUUCUCCCGAAGAAUUAUUAGGACAAUUACAAAAAGGUUCAGGACACCGAACAGUCGCAUCAACAGCAAUGAAUGCAGUCUCAUCACGGUCCCAUGCAAUCUUCACUGUCAUCUUACAUCAAUCACGAGUUGAGGAUCCAGAGGCUGAUAAAGAAAAUAAUCCAGCACUUGCCUCCGAAGAUCAACCAUCUACCUCAAAGAAAAGCAAAAAGAAAGCACGCACUACAAAAAUCACGUCGAAAUUUAACUUUGUUGAUUUAGCGGGAUCCGAACGAAUGAAGAGAACCAAGGCUACCGGCGACCGAGCCAAAGAAGGAAUCGCAAUUAAUGGUGGUCUCUUAGCUUUGGGCAAUGUUAUUAGUGCCCUUGGCGAUGAAUCGAAAAAGGCUAUCCACGUACCUUAUCGAGACUCGAAAUUGACUCGUUUAUUACAGGAUUCAUUGGGUGGAAACAGCCAUACGUUAAUGUUAGCAUGUAUUUCACCGGCUGAUACGAGUUUCUGUGAAUCCUUAAACACACUUAAAUACGCCAACCGUGCCCGUAAUAUCAAAAAUUUAAUCACUGUGAACGAAGAAUACGGCGAAUCCUCGGCUGAAGUCAUCCAACUCCGCCAAAAACUUGCUAAAUUGGAAGCAGAAAUCACGAAUCUUCGAGCGGGUGGAGUUGAUGAGACAGUGAAACACGAAUAUGAAGAACAAAUAAAAGAACUGCGAGGUAUAGCGGGCCAAGAGAAAUUAAAGCGUUGUAAACUUGAAGCCGAGAUGCACACUGUUUGUGCAGAAAGAGACGCUUUCGCAGCCGAAAUUAAAUUAUUCGAAGAAGAAUCUGGCUCAUAUACGAAAAUGCCGCGAACCGGUUUGUCAAGUCCGCGUAAAACUUCGCUUAAUAACAACCACGGUGCUGGCACGUCAAGUCCACGAAAAACUUCCUUAAACAAUGUUACUAACAAUAACAAUCAUCAUAUAACCUUUGCGGACGAUGACGCCGGUGAAGGAUCAAGGUAUCAUGAAAAUCUUCGGGAAGAAGGACAUCAUGAUAAUUAUUAUAAUGGACACGACGAAGGAAACUCGGAAGCCCCUGAAAGCUCUCAUGACGCGGCAAAUAACAAAGAAAAUACUGAGACGCCACGAAGAUUAAGACGUACUGCAAGAGACACUAUUGAGCAAGCAAGAGAACAAAUAAAACAAGGACUGUUGUUCCUGAAAAAUGGUGGAUCAAAACCUGAAGAUCCUCUUUUAAGUCGAUUGAUCAAUACUCCAUCGUCAACAAAAAGCGAAAGUUAUAUUGAUCAAAUGAUCAAACCCAAUACUCCACCCGAAAAACGACGAUCUGGAAGCGUUUCGUUCAGCGACGUUCAAACGAUUGAAGUUCCAGCAUGGGAAGAAUCUACCCCACCACAACCUGUUCGACGCUCUUCUGGCUCCAGUCGGUCUGUAAGUUUCUCUGAUCAACAAAUUUCACCACACUCCACAAAAUCAUCAUCUCAAAAUAGUACAGGUAACUCUUCGCAGCAACAAAAUGCCAUAACUCUGCAGCGUAUGUUGCACCAAAUACAAGCUGAUAUAGAAGUUAAAGAACAAUUGGUAUCUCAGUUAGAACGAGCAGAAGAAGAAUUUACUGCAAUGCGUAUUCAUUAUGACAACAGGAUAACUGCAAUGAAUCAAUAUUAUGAGGAGCAAAUAAUUGCGAUGAGAGAUAAUAUCGUUUCUCUGGAACGCGAAAGAGAUGCAGCUUUGAAACGUGGCGGCGGGGGCAGUAUCAGCACUCGCGACAAAGCAUCAGUAAUUCAAGAAAUGAAGAUGCACUACGAACACAAACUGAAGAAAUUGAGUAUUGAAUUACUUGAUUUGAACAAGAAAUAUCAUGCUUCAAAUCACGCUCAUCAACUCACAAAAUCACAGAAUGAUUCGGCGGUCAAAAGCAUGAAAGGACAAUUAGAACAGCUUAAGGCUGAAAAGAUAAGAAUGGGGAAAAGCUUCAAAGAUGACGCUGACAAAAUCAGAGAAAUGACAGAAAGAAAAGACAGAGAAAUCGAAAAUCUCCGAAGAAAAGAAAAAGUAGCUCAAAAAGAACGGAAACGAAUAGAAAGAGCGCAUGAAUCACAAAGACUUGUUCUCGAAAAACGAAACAGAGAAGUGUUGCAAAUCAACAAUAAGCUAAAAGCUGUUAUGCUCUUACUAAAACGCACUUCCACGCCAAAGGCCAUCGCCAAAGUAUUUCGAGGAAAACGACCAAACAAAGUCGUCCCUGUUCCCAAAGAUGAUAUUCAUUCGGAAUUAUUUUUAAUUGCCAAAGAAAAACGAAGGAGUAUCGAUCAAGCACUUGAUCAAUUUGUAUAUACUAAAGGAUCAUCGCAAUUGCUCGAUGAAUUAUAUCGAAAAAAAGAAGAACUUGUGCAUAAACAACAAACACGACGAAAUGAAAGGGAACAUAUUGACAAAGAAUAUUUGGAAGUUUACGGAAAUCUUGACUUGAUUGUGCAAAAUGAACGAGCUUCAAAAUUGGAUGGCGAGAUUGAACUACUCCAACAAGAAAUCUCACUUAUAUCUGCACAAAUUCGAGCAAUUCAUGAUAACGUUGGAAAUUAUAAACCCGAAGGAAUCCAGUACGAAAACGGUUUCGGGGCAGCAAUAAAAAUUAUGAAGGACCUCGAUCCAUUUGAGCAACAGACGUUACUCGAAUCAUACUUGGAAGAUGUUGUUGGUCUUCGCACAAAAGAAUGGUCUCAUGAGGUAAAGGAACAACACUAUGAAAAAAUCCUUGCUGAUCUAAGACAGAAAUUGAUUCUCAUGCGAGAAGCCGGAAAGAUGACCACCUUUACAUAUGAAGAAAAAAUAAAAAAUCUUGAAGAACAACUCGGAACUAGACUCGAAGAUGGAGUGUAUUCCACACAUCUUAUGUUUGAUAAGAUAUAUCAAUCCACGUUUGACGACAAUAUCUUAGGUGGUGCCAUAACUGACAGUCCAACUCUAUCACCUGAACGACAAUCACAACGACCAUCACUUCCUCAAGAAUGGAUGGAAAAUGGUCAGUCAACAAGAAAAUUAGAACAAGAGGCAAAUGCGGAUAUCGAUAAUCGUCGAGUAUUAAGAUUAAGACGCGAAAGCCAAAACUUUAACAGAGAACGUCGAGAUUCAAGCGCAAGUGAAAAAGAUAUAAACGAAAUAAAAGUUCGACGAAAUUCCGCCACUGUCAGUGAAAAAGAAAUGUCAGCAGAUUCAAUCAAACGCCGAAGUUCUAUCAUACACAGAGAUUCUGGAUACUUUAGCGGCGUAUAA